AUGUAGUAAAUUGAUACACAGUUAUUGGAUGAUUUUCAUCAAAAAUUCUUAAACUUCUACUCAAAGGUCAAAGGUGUGAUGAGUGUCAGAUUAAAUUAAAUGAAAGAAAAGUUUAAUCUAAAAAUUGAUACAUUUCCCGAGGACCAAGAAGUGUUUAACAUCCAACAAACCAAUAAACUUAAUCUACAAACUUAACCAAACAAACCCAAAAAAAAUUGGACUGAUGAUGAUAAAAAGGUUCUGAUUUGGUUAGUUGGAAAGUGGGUUACAAUAAAUAAAAGAGAUUUAAAAUAACUGAACGAUAUUGAUUGGAGUUCCAUUGCCAGUAUGAUGCCUCGCCGAGAUGCAUUCAAAUGUAAGUAGAAAUGGUUAUAAAUGCUUAAACUCCCUUUGCAAUAAGCUCCAUGGACAUUUGCUGAGGAUAAUUUGCUACAAAAGAUAAUUUAUGAAUUCCAAACUCAAAACAAGGGUAAUAAAUGGAGUCAAAUUGCCACAGCUCUCAACAAAGCCAAUGAUCAGUAAGUCCAUAGAAAUGGUAAACAAUGCAGAGAAAGAUGGAAUAAUCAUCUUAACCCCAAUAUCAAUAGAAACCCAUGGUAAUUAAGCGAAGAUUUGGAUCUGAUGUGUUUGGCUAAAGAAUUAGGGAAAAAAUGGGCGUUGAUUUCAAAAAAACUAAAAGUUGCAAGAAGCGAAAACAACGUCAAAAAUCGAUUUAAUUGUCUACUAAGAAAAGAGAAGAGCAAUAAAUCUGGGAAAAAAGAUUAAGAGGAAAGUCAAUCUGAAGAAAACUCUAUUUCAAACUAAGCCUCAACUGAAGAAUUAAGUCACGAAGAAAUUAAGCUCAUUAACUUCAUCAUCAAGAAAAUCGAAUGGCGAAUUCAAUAAAGUGAAAACAUCAAACAAAAGGAACCAAAUGAUGCUGUCAAAGAAGAACAUUAAGAAGUAGUCAAGAAGGUUAGAAUUGAUGGGCAAGGAACAUUUUACAAGGAAUUUAAGUAAAAGAUUUCAAAUUUUAAGAAUAUUGAAAAACUAUAAUUGCAAGUUAAAGAGUCAUAACUUAACGAUGAUGAAGUAGCUACUCUCAUGCCAUGUCUCAUCAAUAAAGAAAACAAUCAAAUCUAUUUUGCCUCCCCUGAACAACUCUAUGCGUAUCUGAACAAAACCUCAGAUAAUGGUUAAGUGGGAAUGCAACAAGAGAAUUAUUUGUCUAAUCCUAAUAGUUUAGGUUCAAUUAUGUAUGAUCCUAAGUUAUUCCGAUCUAUUGUAAUGCUUCAGUCCAAUGAGUUCCAUCAAGGAUAGAGUGGAAUCUACAAUCAGAGAUCGUUUUACAAUCAGAAUCAUAUGGCAAACCUCUAAAGUCUAAAUAGCUAUCCUUAUUCAGUUGCCAUGUCACCUUAUCCUUCACAAGCUAAUUUAACAAAUUAAUUAUAAAAAUGA